CAUACAUUUUUCGGCAGUCUGUUCGUCCACAAACAUAUCGGAACGGAAAGACACGCGGAAAGAGAACUGCUCCAGAAAAGCGCUAUCGUCUUCACUACUUAUGCAACACUUACCAGUGAAUACCGCCGGGGGCAAAAUACCCUAUCAAAGAUUGACUGGUUCAGAAUUGUACUCGAUGAAGCUCAUUACAUCCGCAACCGUGCCACCAAGCAGUUCCAAGCCGUCGUCAACCUAUCAGCCCAGCACCGCUGGUGUCUUACUGGAACGCCCAUCCAAAACUCCAUUGAAGACUUGGGCGCUCUGGUCGCUUUUCUCAGGGUUCCGAUCCUUGAUCGCAUCGCACCAUUUCGCAAAUUCAUCUCAGGGCCCAUAUCUUCAGGUAAGAGAGAUCGUUUUCAUAAUCUUCAAACACUUCUUCAUGCAAUCUGCAUUCGAAGGACAAGAGAUGUUUUGAACCUACCGGAGCCUAAUACAGAAACCCGAAAGCUUCCGAUGUCAUCCACGGAGAAAGCACAGUACAAAGAUCUGUUGGAUGAAUGCAGGACAAAGGUUGAUAUGGCGGUCAGUGGGAGAAGGAGUGGGAAGGUUAAUUCUACAGUCCUAGAGUCUCUUCUCUCCUUGCGCCUGUUCUGCAACAACGGGAAAGCCACAACUAGUGUUCCAUUAGACUCAGAUGAAGCCCUCUCCUAUCUGGAACAGCUGGAUAAAAAUGUUUGCAUCUACUGCUCCAGCACAAUCUUCUGGCUCAGCGACACACCCGAUACAGAUGGAGGAAUUUUCCUUGCCAGCUGCCGUCAUUUAUGUCGUCUUUUCAAGUUGGAAGAAGACUCUCUAUAUCGUUGCCAAGCUUCUCUCCAGCAAUGGAAUGAAUACAGCAUGAUAGAAGGAUCGUUUCCUUUAUCAAGACGUCUACAAGAAUUACAAAGAUAUCAAGAUCACAAGGAAACAAACGUUCUCCUAUUGACCCUUGGGACGGGUGCUGUUGGUUUGAAUCUUACCACCUCGUCGCGUAUCUACCUUCUUGAGCCACAGUGGAAUCCAUCAAUUGAAGCUCAAGCGAUAGGUCGGGCCCUUCGACUCGGUCAAGUCUCCAACGUGACUAUUAUUCGGUACAUCAUGGAAGGCACCAUUGAAGAGGUGGGUUAG